UAGCGCGCCGCGGUCAUUGCUUGCCGUCAUUGCACUUCUCCACGACGCCGUAUCAUCCUGCCCGCCGCAGUCCCCGAUUGAUCCGCUCUGCCAUGGCGAGUGCGACGACUGCGAUGCCCCUGGACACAACAUAUUGUCUGCGCGUCUAGGAUCCUUCUCUCCUGCUCGUAAUUCUAGCUCCUUACCCGGUUCGACUGCUUGGCCAUGGGCCGCGCCGUUGUAUGGCUGUUGCUGUUCUCCCAGGGCAUAGCAUGGGCUUCCGGUGCCACCGCCGCCCAGGCCCGCGCCCAUGAUGACGGCGCCCCACAGACCGAGGUGUUGGCCGGCGUCGCUCCCGGCGGCGGUGCCCCGGGCUCGGACCCGCUCGGCUCGAGGGAACCUGGCGCCGAUCUCGUCGAUGCUGCUCUCAAGGAGCUCCACCAGCUGCAGCUCCCCGCACACCGCCGACGGCGCAAACGCCCCGGCAUGGUCGCCGCCGCCGCACAGCAGCUCCUAAAAGUGCUACCGAGCUUCCACCUCACCGGCCCACCGUCAGGCCACCCUAGGCAGCCGAACGGCCCGCUGUCGGAUGCUGUUCGCCUCCUCGAGGGGGCUGCCCAGAAGAACAACUCGGACGCGCUCUAUCUGCUCGCCGAGAUGAAAUUCUAUGGCAACUUCUCUCUCCCAAGGGACUUCUCUGCUGCCUACAGCAACUACCAGAUCCUGGCCGCACUCAACGGCAACAGCUCGGCCAUGUACAUGCUCGGCCUGAUGCACUCGACAGGCGUUGGCGGCGUUGCCGAGCGUGACCAGGCCAAGGCCCUGCUCUACUACACCUUUGCAGCCCUCCGCGGUCACACGCGCGCGCAGAUGACGGUUGCCGUGAGGCACGCGGCCGGCAUCGGGACCGCCAAGAAGUGUGAGGAGGCGUGCAAGUACUACAAGCUGGUCGCCGACAAGGCCAUCGAGUGGUACAGGUCCGGUCCGCCCGGUGGUAUGGGCUGGGCUUCCGAGUCGCACCGCAUCGCCGACGGGUUCGGCGGCGUCUAUGGCGAGGGUGCAAGUGUCUCCAGCUCGGGCAUUAAUGCCGCCCACACCCACGCCAGCUUCGACCGAUAUGCAUCCAUCGCCGACGUCAUUGAAUACCUAGACGUCCUGGUUCACAAGGGCGACUUUCGGGCGUCCUUCAAUCUGGGGCGCAUAUACUACGACGGUCAGCGCGGGCUGGACCGGGACUUCAAGGCAGCCCGCAAGUACUUCCUCAAGGUCGUCGCCAAGUUCUGGAAGGACGGCCGCGCUGUCGAGAACGCCGCGCCCCAGCUCGAUAGGGUCGCGGGCAAGGCGGCCGGCUACCUGGGGAGAAUGUAUAUGAGGGGCGAAGGAGUCGAUCAGAAUAUGGAGCGGGCCCGCGACUGGUACAACCGUGGCAUUGCUCAGGGAGACGCCCAGUCGCAGUACGGCCUAGGCCUGCUGCUGAUGGGUGGCCACGGCGUCUCGCGGAACAUGGGUAGGGCCACGGAGCUGUUCAAGGCGGCCGCUGCCCAGGACUACGCCCCGGCAAACGUCAAGCUGGGGUCUCUCUAUCUGGACCAGGGCGGACCUGAAGACCUGCGCGCAGCCAACGACUGCUUCGAACAGGCGGCCAAGUACGGAAACAUCGAGGCGCACUACUACUUGGCCGAGAUGAUCUCGCACGGCGUGGGUAGGGAUAGGAGCUGCAGUCACGCCCUCUCGUACUAUCGCAGUGUGGCCGAGAAGGCCGAGCCUCUGGUUUCUUCAUGGGCCGAGGCUAAUCAGGCCCACGACGACGGGGAGCUCGAGACUGCGUUCCUGCAGUACCUAGGUGUCGCCGAGCAGGGAUACGAGCGGGCGCAGAGCAACGUGGCCUACCUGCUUGAUGAGCAGACCUCCCGUCUGCCACUCCCGAUCUGGUUGACCAGGCGGACGCCACGACCGAGCCUUCUCAGGAACCCGUCGCUCGGACUGAUCUACUGGACGAGGUCAUCCCGGCAGGGCAAUAUCGACUCCCUAGUAAAAAUGGGCGACUACUACCUGGAUGGUGUUGGGGCCGAAGCAGACGUUGACAAGGCCGUCCAGUGCUACACUGGUGCGGCGGAUUACCACCAGAGCGCCCAGGCGCUGUACAAUCUGGGCUGGAUGCACGAAUACGGGGUCGGGCUUGACCAGGACUAUCACCUUGCCAAGCGGUACUACGACGAAGCACUCAUGACGAAUGAUGAAGCAUACUUGCCCGUCACGCUUGCUCUCCUCAAGCUCCGUGUGAAAAGCGCGUGGAAUACGCUGACGAACGGCCGAAUCAAUUCGAUCCAAGACGAUCCUGCUCCAGCCAAGGAUUGGUCACUGGGCGAAUGGAUAGCAAACUUCCUCCAAGAGGACCGAUUCAUUUACGACGAAGGGCAGCUGGACGACAACUACGACCAAACGAUGCCGGGAGCCGACUCUCCGCUGCCUGAGGAGCUAGAAGAGGGACUGGCCGAGACGCUCAUCAUUCUUGGGCUUGCGGCAGCACUAGCAUUCCUAGUGUACUACAGGCAACAGCGGCAGCAGGCACACCGCGAGGAGAAUGCUAUGCGGGCGCAAGCGGGGGCUCCGGGCCAGGCUGGCGGUCCAGCAGCGCCCGGGGACAGGGGCGCAUUCCCGCCGGUUGACCAACCAGAGUUUCAACAGUGGGUUGCCGGCGGGAUUGGGCAUUAGCGUUGAGCAGUAAGGAGUAUGUAUAUAUGACGGAAUACGAAAGCUAAAAGCAUGGCGUGCAGUUAGAUAUCUGAUCAGGAGGUCAUUAGGAGCCUGGUGGUGAUCCAAAGUGCGAACCAAGUCCAACAAUUGCUACAUCCUGCGCAUGCAGUACACUAGAAGCAUACUGUCUGUACGUACCACGU